GUUGAUCCACACAGAAGAAGCGCAGAGGAUCGGGUGGCUGUAGCGGGUCAGUGUCAGCAUGAGCUCCGAGCAGAGCAGCAGCGGGAGAGCCGGACCGCAGGAGCCGCCAAGCAGCGCGGCAGAGCCUGCAUACAGGAGCCCGGGCCUGCGGGGGGUCAGAACCACAUCACUGUUCCGAGCUGUCAACCCGGAGCUGUUCAUCCGACCUAAUAAGCCAGUGAUGGCUAUGGGUCUGCUGGCUCUGUCUGUGUGUGUGGGCUAUCUGGGCUAUCUUCACGCCAUCAGAGACAGCGACCAGCAGCUGUAUGAGGCCGUGGACAGCGAUGGAGAGACCUACAUGAGGAGGAGGACCUCCAGAUGGGACUGAGACCUUCAUCUUCACCAUCAGACCAGCGUAUCAUCAACCCCAGCGCUCGUUUGUGUUUGUUGAUGAUCAUGAACUGGACGUGUUAUUGUUCUCCUCUUCUGCUUCAUGCACUGUGUGUUCAUGACGCUUUCACACACACACACACACACACACACACACACACACACACACACACACACACACUGAGCAGUCCCACUUUUAUCCAUAAUCAUUAAAGAUUCAGAGUGUUUAUUCUCGUGUGCACAGUGAGGAAACUCUUUCUCUGUUCAGUAAGGUUGUUAGUUUGCUCAUUUCUUAAGUAAGAUUUAAGGUAUAGAAUAAUUCUGAAUAAUUAUAAAUAAAAUAAUGUAAGAAAAUAUGCAGUUAGAAGAGCACGCAAAAGGUAAACAACUAUAAAUACAUAAGUAUAAUGUUUGGGCUGCACGAUACUGAGAAAAGGGUGAUGUUGUGUCGAGUAUUGUGAUAAGGAUAUUUUUUUAAGAUAUAACAUUGCCUUAGAAAGAUUUAAUUUUAAUUAGUUGUUAUUUAAGUCAUUUAAUAAUGUAAUGAUAUUAAAAUAAACGGGUCAAAACAA